UCUAAGUGGUUCUUUGUGUUUUUUUAUUGUCUCUGGGAAAGUUAGUUGUGUUUUAUGCUAUUUUAUCUUAAUGGGUCAGUCAUGUUUUGGAUCUUUUAGAUUGAAGCCCAUCCACUGUUUCAUUAGUUUGAAUUAUCUUUCUUCAUUUAUUUGGACGAUUUAUUAGUUUUGAGCCGGGAAGUACUCAUUUUUUUAGUCUCAAGUCCUGGGUUUUAUUGAUUUCACAACUUGAGCCUGUUUCAGAAACCGUUCAAGGUGUUAAAUGUGAAUGAAAAGAUGAACAAUUUGUGAGGUGCUUGCUGGUGUUGGACUAUUGGGACUUGCAAUGGAAAAGAGGAAAUGGUUGUGGAAGAGGAAGUCUUCUGACAAAAGCCCCGGUGAAAGUGAGAGUUCAGGUUCUGUAUCUUCGCCUUCGGAGAGAUACUCCGAUGAUCCGGAGGUAUUCAAGUCAUCUCCUAAUCACAAUACUCAAUCACCCGAACUCACAUCCAAGUCUAUGGCAAGUGCUGAAGAAGUUAGUGAUGCUUCAUCAAAGAAAGAGACUCAUGAUAGUGUAAAACGCCUAACAGAGAAGUUAUCAGCUGCUUUAGUUAAUGUUAGUGCCAAAGAAGAUUUGGUAAAGCAGCAUGCAAAAGUUGCAGAAGAAGCUGUUGCAGGUUGGGAGAAGGCUGAAGACGAGGUGAUUGUUCUAAAGCAACAACUCGAGUCUGCAAUUCAACAAAACUCAGUACUUGAAGAUCGGGUGAGCCAUCUUGAUGGGGCCCUUAAAGAACUAGUUCGGCAGCUAAGACAAGCAAGGGAUGAGCAGGGGCAAAAGAUCCAUGAAGCUGUGAUGAUGAAAACUCGUGAGUGGGAAACGACCAAACUCCAACUUGAGACCCAGCUUCUCGAGCUCCAGGGCAACACUGACGCGGGUAAACCUGGAUCUUGUGCUAUUGUUGAUCCAGAUCUUUACCACAAACUUGAGUAUUUGGAGAAAGAGAACUCUGCUCUCAAACUUGAGCUCCAGUCGCAGUCUGAGGAGUUGGAAAUCAGGACAAUCGAGAGAGACUUGAGUACCCAAGCAGCUGAGAUGGCCAGCAAGCAACAUUUAGAGAGCAUAAAGAAGGUGGCCAAGCUUGAGGCUGAGUGUCGGAGGCUCAGAUCAAUGCCUUGCAAAUCCUCCUCAGUUAAUGAUCAUAAAUCCACCACUGCCUCCUCAAUUUAUGUUGAAUCUCUCAUUGAUAGUCAGUCAGAGAAUGGCGAGAGGCUCAGCUUGGGAGAAAUUGAUACCCGCAAGAUGUGUAGCUCAGAUCCAAAUAAGUGUGAGCAUAGUUGCUCAGACUCAUGGGCAUCUGCCCUAAUUGCCGAGCUUGAUCAGUUCAAAAAUGGAAAGACUGCUAAAAGAAAUAUCCAAGCCUCUUCUGUUCAAAUGGAUCUUAUGGAUGAUUUUCUUGAGAUGGAGCGACUUGCUGCACUGCCUGAAACCAAGAACGGAAGCCAUGGCCUCACACCAGUGGUUUCCCAUCAAUCCAUCGAUGAAGACAGCUCCCUGAGAACUGAACUUGAAGCCAUGACUGGUCGGAUAGCUGAAUUAGAAGAGAAGCUAGGGAAGGCGGAAGCACAGAAAGCUGAAUUGGAGACUACUCUAAUCACAAGUCAAGAAGCUAUUGAGGCAUCCCAACUUCAGCUGAGGGAAGCAGAGGCACAGAAAGCUGAACUGGAGACUACUCUAAUCACAAGUCAAGAAACUAUCGAGGCAUCCCAACUUCAGCUGAGGGAAGCAGAGGCACAGAAAGCUGAACUGGAGACUACUCUAAUCACAACUCAAGAAGCUAUUUUAGCAUCCCAACUUCAGCUGAGGGAAGCAGAGGCACAGAAAGCUGAACUGGAGACUACUCUAAUCACAAGUCAAGAAGCUAUCGAGGCAUCCCAACUUCAGCUGAGGGAAGCAGAGCUGAAAUUGGAGGAGUUGCAAAUGGAGCUAAAUAUUGCAAAAGAAACCAAGCAAGCCGUCGAGACUAGACUCAUUGACAUGGAAGCAGAAGCAAGGACCAUGCAUGCAAAAGUUGACUCUAUAGAAGUAGAGGUUCAGAAAGAGAGGGCUUUGUCCAAAGAAAUUGCAGUCCAGUGUCGGGAAUUAGAGGAAGAGCUAUCAAUGAAGAGGCAGGAAAUUGAACUUCAGAAAACUGCAAGCUCAAAUAGUGAAUUGAAGAUAAAGCAGGAGGAUCUAGCUGUAGCUGCUGGAAAACUUGCUGAGUGCCAGAAAACAAUAGCAUCUCUUGGGAAUCAACUGAAAUCUCUAGCAACACUGGAGGACUUCUUGAUUGACACUGCCAACAUACCAGAGCUUUCUGCAGGUGCAUCAGUGAUUCCUAAAGCUGAUGAAGAAUUGUGGAAGUUGCAUUGUAAUGAAACAUUUUCGCCUAAAAGAGACUCUGAUUCUUCACGAGUUGCUGAUGAGAUUUCUGGUUCUUCAAUAAACAAAAUCGAAGGGAACUCGCCACCAUCUUCAUCUUCAGAAACUUCAGCUGCUGCAUUGUCAAAUCAUGUCAGCUAUGAGAAGAACCGAAAUGGUUUUGCGAAGUUUUUCUCUCGUACUAAGAGUGGGAUACGACUAGAAAUUUAGUGAGGAUGUACAAAACAAGGAUUAAUUGGUUUCUCAGUUGUAGGAGAGCUUAGGAUUAUUUUCUAUUUCAAAGCUGCUGAUUACAUGUUGUUUUAACUGGCAGCAAAAGAGUUUCUUUUAUAUUAUUUUUCACAUGAAAGAACUGGGUCAAUGCAAUAUGAAAUUUGAAGCAAAGUCCUCUGGUUAUCAUGUUACUUA